AUGUCUGUGCCCCAGAUCCAAGUAGAAGAGGUGGGUGGGGAGGAAGGGCUGGCAGGAGCAGGCGUGCCGCUGGACGACCACCUCCGGAGCCUGAAGGCCCUCACCGAGAAACUGAGGCUGGAGACUCGCAGGCCCUCCUACCUGGAAUGGCAGGCCAGGCUGGAGGAGCAGACCUGGCCCUUCCCGAGGCCACCUGUGGAGCGGGAGGCGAGCUUGGAGCAGGGGGAGCCUGGGCAGCAUCCCCCACCUGCCAGCAGUGCACCCCGGGGUGACAUGCCCUUGCCCACCGUCAAGCUGGGAGGCUUUCAGAGCAUCGAUGAAGCAAUAACCUGGCUCAGGAAGGAACUGACAGAGAUGCGCCUGCAGGACCAGCACCUGGCCAGGCAGCUCAUGCGCCUGCGUGGCGACAUCCACAAGCUGAAGAUAGAGCAGACCUGCCGCCUCCACAGGAAGAUGCUCAACGAUGCCACCUACGAGCUGGAGGAGCGGGACGAGCUGUCUGACCUCUUCUGCGACUCCCCGCUGGCUGCCUCCUUCAGCCUCUCCACGCCCCUCAAGCUCAUCGGAGUCACCAAGAUGAACAUCAGCUCCCGCAGGUUCUCUCUCUGCUGA